UUCACGGGCGGCCGCGGGAGCAGCGGCAAAGGCGGGCGCGCCGGGGGCCAUCGCAUCUUUAGCAACCACCACCACCGACUGCCGCUGAAGGGGGGCCCGGCCGCCGGUCCCGGCCUCGCCGCCGAGCCCGACAAGUGCCCGGCUCACUUCCCUGUGCACGAGUGCGUCUUCAAGGGGGACGUGCGGCGGCUCUCGGCGCUCAUCCGCACGCAGGGCAUCGGCCAGAAGGACAGUCACGGAAACACUCCUUUACAUCUUGCUGUGAUGUUGGGACAUAAAGAAUGUGCCCACUUGCUUUUGGCCCACAAUGCUCCAGUAAAGGUGAAAAAUGCUCAGGGAUGGAGCCCCCUUGCAGAAGCCAUCAGCUAUGGAGACAGACAAAUGAUUACAGCACUUCUAAGGAAGCUUAAGCAGCAGUCCAGGGAAAGUGUCGAAGAAAAGCGACCUCGAUUAUUAAAAGCCCUAAAAGAGCUAGGUGACUUCUAUCUAGAACUUCACUGGGAUUUUCAAAGUUGGGUGCCUUUACUUUCCCGAAUUCUGCCUUCCGAUGCGUGUAAAAUAUAUAAACAAGGUAUAAAUAUCAGGCUUGAUACAACUCUAAUAGACUUUACUGACAUGAAGUGCCAACGAGGGGAUUUAAGCUUCAUUUUUAAUGGUGAUGCAGCACCCUCUGAAUCUUUUGUAGUUUUAGACAAUGAACAAAAAGUUUACCAGCGAAUACAUCAUGAGGAAUCUGAGAUGGAAACGGAAGAAGAGGUUGACAUUUUAAUGAGCAGUGAUAUUUAUUCAGCAACAUUAUCAACCAAAUCAAUUACCUUCACACGUGCCCAAACAGGAUGGCUUUUCAGAGAAGACAAAACAGAAAGAGUAGGAAACUUUUUGGCAGACUUCUACUUGGUUAAUGGACUUGUUUUAGAAUCAAGGAAAAGGAGAGAACACCUUAGUGAAGAGGAUAUUCUUCGAAAUAAGGCUAUCAUGGAAAGCCUGAGUAAAGGUGGUAACUUGAUGGAACAAAAUUUUGAGCCUGUUAGACGACAGUCUCUUACUCCACCUCCACCCAACACAAUUACAUGGGAAGAGUACAUAUCAGCUGAAAAUGGAAAAGCUCCUCAUCUGGGUAGAGAACUGGUCUGCAAGGAAAGCAAGAAAACCUUUAAAGCCACAAUAGCCAUGAGCCAGGAAUUUCCCUUAGGAAUUGAAUCAUUAUUGAAUGUUUUAGAAGUAAUUGCACCCUUCAAGCACUUUAACAAACUUAGAGAAUUUGUUCAGAUGAAGCUUCCACCAGGCUUUCCUGUAAAGCUAGACAUACCUGUGUUUCCCACCAUCACAGCCACUGUGACUUUUCAGGAGUUUCGCUAUGAUGAGUUUGAUGAAUCCAUCUUCACUAUUCCUGAUGACUACAAGGAGGACCCCAGCCGUUUUCCAGAUCUUUAAUUUAACUGGAAAGUGAACUGUGAAUAACAAUACCAGCAUACCACAGUGCAAGCAAGUGGAUGCAAAUAACCCACAGGCAUAGGUGUAGGAGUGGGUCAGUAUGGAAGGGAUAAACUUUUUAAAAUGAUCCAGAAGAAAAGGGAACACACACUGAAUGACUGAUGUACUAAGAUUCACUAUAAUGGGCAUCUGAUCUAGUAUCUGAAUUACAGCAAGUCUCCUGAUGUGUCAUUUACACUUUUAUACAUCCAGUACUGCAAGCAUGGAAGUCUGACACGUCAGUGACCCUAAGGAUACUAAGAAGCUGUGAGGACUGUCAUUUGUUUUUAAAUUUUUUUUACAUUUUUUCUUGGUGAUACAAAAAAGCACUUGGACCAUUAGCAUAAAAAUUGAAAUAGCUGGAUAUUAGCCCUUUAAAACAUCCCACCUUACUUAAGAUGAUCUUAUUAUAUUCUUUCAAGCUUUGUUUUCAUAAAUUGUAAACUAUGUAACAUUAUGUAUAGUUCAGUAAUUUGAAUGUUAGUUGAACGUAUAUUAGAGGGAAUGCAUUUUCUGUAGAUGAAUGAACCAAAUGGUAACCAUUAAACAAUUGCAUUUACAUAUUGCAAUACACUUCAGAAAUAGCAUUCACUUUGCAGGGAAUAAGGUACCUCCUUUAGCACCUUAGGGCAAAUCCAUUAUGGUGCUAUCCAUCUCCUUAUCUGAACUGUCAAUUUCUUCAUUGAAAGUUGUUUUCUAAUCUUCCUUUCAUAGAAUCUGCAGAUAUUAUCUUUUACAUACUGGUUUGCAAAGUCCUUGCUGUGUUCAUAAUAUGGUGUUGAUGAGUAUGUGUGGAGAGAGACUUCAUCUGCCUAGAAAUUGCAUUACUUGGAUAAUUUUACACUUGGUUAGGAGAUUGCUCCAUAAUAGCUGCACAUCACCUGGGCAAUCUUGUAUUAAUGUCCUCCAGCACACUGGAAUAUAUUGGAUGCAUUAAGGGUUACUGCAAAAAUAAGUUCAAACAUUAGACUCGUAAGCAAAAACAAAAUUAAUUUUUUGAAAACCUAGUUUAAGUGUAGUGCACAUUGAAUAGAACUCAUGACAAAGGUUUUAAAAUGUACACAUUUUUCAAAUACCUAGGGAAUUUCCAGUUUUGUUUUCUUUCUCUUGCCAUGAAAGGAAUGUAUUCAUUUUUAAAAGUAGGUUUUAAAAUCGGAAGUUACAGUAUUCUGACUUUGGGGUGGUAUAUUUUUGUUCUAAGAGGUUCCAGUGUCCUGAAUUUGAAGGUAAUCUAGCUGUUUGUUUUGCUAGAAAGAAUGUGUGAAAGGCUAAUGGUGCUAUUUGUUUGUAUUAAGCUGUGGUGUAAAUGUAUAAAAAUGUAAAUAAUGUCAAAAUUAUAUUCUCUGUGCACUGUAGUUAAACUACUACUACUCCUGGAAACCAACAGAGUGAUUAUCAAUAUUGAUUAUAAUGACUGUUGUCAAUGGUUAGUAAAGGUAACCAAUCUUAUUAGUCAUGCAGACAAUGAAAUGAGAUAGCUAAAUCAUGAUGCAAUAACAGCAGACUUGUCAGCCACAUCAAUAGCAUGGGGAAAUAUUUAAAGUAGACUUCCAAAAAAGACUUUAGAUUCCUGUCAGUCUGUAUCAAUCCAAAGAUGCUUCCCUUGAGAAAUAUAGUAUGCACUCUAUAAAUGAGUGAGUCCUACUACAUCAUCUUGUGUAGUGAAUGGACUGAAAAUAGGAAAUUAAGGAUAUGCCCUGUUCCAGUAGCAUGCUAAAUUUGUAGACUGAUAGGUGCAAAAUGGUUACUUUGAAGGCUGAUUCUGGUGCACUGGAGAAACUGAUUGCAAUUUGGAAAGAAGGUAACAAAGGAAAAAUAGGGAGAUAAAUCAAAGGGAAUUAUGAUUUUUUUUGCAGUUAUUCCCAAAGUGCUCUACCAGUAGAAGAUGCAGAAUAUUUAGUAGAAAUGAUAGGACUUGUUCUUCCAGGUAAUUAGAAAUAUACCUAAGGAUGUUUCUGGCUUAAACAUGAAUAUUAGUAAUCUCAUGCUUUCCCUUGGCAUUCACUAAAAUGCUUAGCAGGAAGAGGCCAGGGUUGUAUGUACAGAGACUAAAUUUCCUGUCAGCUCUGUGGGUCAGUGUUAUGCUUUGGAGAGGUCCAGCAUGGAGGGUGCUGCUACUGCUGCUUUGAACCGUUUUAUGGACACAUGGUUGGAAUGCCUCAAUAUCCAGUGGUGUCAGUCCUUCCUUGGCCAGAUUUGGGAAGAACUAAAACUGUCGCCCUCACUAGUAGGCACCACGCCAUACCUAAGAACUGAAGUCCUUAGUGUUUGCUGACACUUUCGAGUGGGACAUUUUUUUCUAAAUGGAGAAUGGAAAAAUGAAUUGGCUGAUCAAUAAAUCCUCAUAGGAUUACAAGGAAGAAUCUACAUGCUUUGGGUAUUUAGAAUUUGAAGGCAGGCUCAUAAUUUUCUGACAUAGGAAGAACUAUUGUAGCCUGAGAAUUGCUGUUGAAGGCAGUCUAGCCACUGCUACAGAUAAGUUUGGAUGAUUUUUUUAAAGUUGAUUAGCCUCAAGAUAAACUAGAAGACUUCAGACCUCUCAGUCAUCAGGAGUGGGCUCUGAGAAACUAUCCCUAACCUAUCUAUACUAAUGAACUUAAGAUUCUGAUUUGAAGGCCAUUUCAAGUUUUUGGAAAUAUUCUUCUACAGGCUUUGGUACAAAUCCCUAAGUUGUUUAAACCCUCUUCUGAUGUGUUUAAGUACCACAUCUUAAAACAUACAUCUAAGACUUUUUUAAUGGAUUUCUGCAGUAAAGUUAUUUUCCACUUUGGAGAGUUACCACAACCAGGGACCAGGUAGAUUUAGUCGAAUGUCUUACAUUCUUCACAUAAUCAAAAUAUACUGAUUCUUUACUCAAAUGUUACUUUCUGUAACCAGUUUUUAGCCUAUUUCAGAACAGCUGCCGUAUUUAGAUUCCUUUAAUAGCCUCAUUCUAAAAUUAAAUGAGAAUUGGCAUACUUUUGGUGAUACUGUGAACUAUAAUUGGGCUGGACAUAUUUCCAGUGAUGAGUUUCAGAACCUGGCUAUUGAAAUGUACUCAUUUUUUGAGAACAGGACUUCCUAAACAAUACACUUAAGUUUUGGCAUGCAAGAGAAAUUUCUUUUAUAUUAGUGAUUUCUGUAUUGAAACUCUGUCGGUGGUAGGGGGGAUUUGAUCCCUGCCUUGUACAGCUCUUCUGGGAGAAGCCCCUGGAAUACAUGCAUCCACACUGGCACAAUUUUUCUUCUAAGAGGUCAUGUUUUGCUUGUGGGGACUUUUUUCUACUAUACUGUUACAAAAGGCAGCUUUUCCAAUUUAUCUGGAUCCCCCUGAGGAGUGUUUUGUCAGCACAGUAUGCUGACACUGCAUCUUCUACUUGGGCAUAGCCUUAGUCUGCAGCUGUGCUGUGGGCAACAUUGUCCUUUACAAAGAUAUAUUCUGUACAUAGUCUAUCUUCUAUAACAGGAAUGAUCAGGCAAAACUGUGAUUUCCCUUGUCCCCUCCAGCCCUUCCCAACACCUGGGGGGAAUUUGUUGCCCUGCAGAGUGACUGUCACAUCUGCAGUGCUUUUACAGAGACUGCCUCAUCACUUCUGCAUACCAAGAAGCAUGUUGGCUUGAACAUUUUGCAACUCGUACCUGCGUAUGUAAAAAGAUUGUUUUUAUAUUUCCACAAGAUGGACUGUAAUAUGAAAGACAUUCAGAUGAUUUCUAAAAUAUGCAGAAGUCCUGGAAAUACAUCCCUGUUAGUUGGAUCUCUCACCUGUAACUUAACAGUGACAGAAAAAGCAAAAAGUUAAACAUUCAAAUGUGAUGGACGGUCAAAAUUCAGAAUAUUUAAAAUUUAGAGUUACAAGUUGCUAUUGAUUCCAUGUCAUGGUUUGCAGUCAAGUUAGCAAAGAUUUCAAGAUCCCCUCCCUCCUCUGGAUAAGGGAGGAAAUCUCUGUAUCAAGGUUGUUCAGUCUAAAUGCUUUGAUUUGUAUGCCUUUUAAAAAAAAAAACCAGCAAAAAAGCUGUUUGAUCUUGACAUAUUUCCCAGUUAGGGUUAUGACCUUUUAAGGAGUAAAAAAAAAAAAAAAAUUAUUAAAUGCACCCACUAAUUUUAUGUAAGCUGAAACAAGGGAUUGUUUGUAAACCGAUUCCUAGAAUCGUUUCUUAACCAAACUCAGUUUUACUGGUCUUCCAAAACAUUGCUUUAAAUUUGUGGCAAAGGGAAUGCAUUUUUAUUUUUCCUUCCAGGUAGCUGCUGUUCCAGUCACUGUAUUCACUUUAACUGCAGUUCUUGACAUAUGUACUUAAAUAGUUUGUUACAAAACAACUGUGGAUAUAUUUGUGCUGGAAACACACCUUGUUAAGUUGAUAUUCAAAGCAUCUGUCAGUUGAAGUGUACUUGUUCUUGAUUUUUAAAUUCAUGCAAGGAUAAUUACAUUUAAAUUGUAUUAACAAAUUUCCUGUAAUGCUGCAGUUUCACAUUUUACUUUCCUUCCAAACAGUUUGUACUCAUCAUGGAAACAUUGUCACCUUUUGCAUUUUACUAUUCGUGUGGUCCAUAUUCUUAACUCACCUUCACUAACAGUAACUUUAGGUUGUAUUAUUUGUUAGAAUAAAGACCAAAAGAUGCUGUUUGAUUCUGAAACUGCUCAAGAUGUGAAAAUUCAGUUCAACUCCAGACUAUGUACAUUGUAGGCAUUUCUUACAUGUUGGAGCAAGGAUUAUGAAUUGAGGAAAGGCUGGAGUGUUUCUGCAGGCACUCGUCACAUUUCUGCAAAGACAUUUUAUUGGUCAGUUUUUAAAUAAAAUCCUGAAUUUUCAAUAUAA